AUGAGCCCACCGAAUUCAUUGAACAAACAGCGUCGUCCAUCACUUAAAAUUCGUCUCAAACUCAAUAAACAAUCUCACAAGAUCAUCAAGAACACGCCAUUGCAGAUACGUCAAUCCAGACCUCAAAGAGUCAUCAACGCCACUACCUCCCCGGACUUCAACAACGUCGACCAACGCCCCGCCGGUAAUGGACAACCUACAGCAUCCAGUGAAGUUUCUCCGGCGGUGAGGCUCGCUUCCACUGAAAGAACAGCUUUCAACAAGAAAGAAAAGCCUUCUUGGAGUAAUGGAGAUGAUGACAUGAUGCGGAUGCUGGAUAAUGGCGUGCAAAUGAGUCAGUUUCCAGGAAUCUUAUCGCCAGAGCCGGCGAAAUUGCCGCCAUUGCCUUCUGAGAGUUUCUCGCCGAUAACAUGGCCGGCGACACCAACUGAUGCUUUCUCGCAAAUUUUCCCAUUGGGAGUUCGGACGCCGGAGACAUUACAACAGAAACGGAUCGGGAUGUUUUCACCGGUUUUAGGCCCGCAGUCGCAGACGGUGUUGUCUUAUAAUGACCUUUGGCCGGAGAACAACGCCUUUGCAAGCCCGUCGGAAUUUCUUUCCUUUCAAGAUGAUUCACCACCGUCGCCACCGGUUCAGUUCAAUCCUUUCAAUAACGACUAA